UCUCGCCUUCGACGUCAUUGUUCGGGCCACUAUAUAAGCGGCCGGCGGUCACUGGGGAAGUCGCAGUCUACUGACAAUCAGCAGCAGCAUCAUCAUGAACGCCCUCACCGCCGUCCUCGUCCUCGCUGUCGCCUACACCGCCAACGCCGGUGGCUUCGGCCUCGGCUAUGGUGGCUACGGCCACGGCGGCUAUGGUGGAUACGGCCUCGGCUAUGGCGGAUACGGCUACGGCCACGCCGUCGCCCCUGUGGCUGUUCACGCUGCCCCAGUUGCUGUCGCUGCCCCCGCUGUCGCCAAGGCUGUCGUGCCCGCCCAGGUGACCAGCGCUGUGACCUACAGGAGCGACGUCUACGCCCCUCGUCUCGCUAAGGUCGUUCACGCUGCUCCCGUCGCCCACGCCGUCGCCGCCCCCGUCGCUGUCGCCGCCCCCGCUGUCGCCGUCGGCUACGGACACGGACUUGGCUAUGGUGGCUAUGGUGGCUACGGUGGCUACGGACUCGGUCUUGGCUACGGUUACGGCCACGGUUACGGCCACGGCUAUGGACUCGGUCUCGGAUAUGGCUUCGCCGGCAAGCACUACGGUUAAGCGCCCUAGUCCCAAUUUUUAGACCUCUUCAACAAGUUCAAGCGCAUGACUCUUGGCAACCUGUAUUGCCCGCGGGUUCAAUAAACAUUCGGGCGUAUCACCAUCACGCCCUUGGGCACAGA